AUGGACUCGAUGGAUCUGGACCUCGAGAUGGAUGUGGAUGUGGAUGUGGACCUCGUUGCCGACGAGCCCAUUGUGGCCGAGCCCGACUUCCAAUACACAUCCGGCAACCGCUCCCGCUCCCCCGGCGAAGUCGACGAAGACCCCGAAGCCCUGGCCCCUACCAAGGUCCACAUCAGAGGCCUCGACAUCCUGAAACCCGACGAUAUCAAGGCAUACGUCGCAGAGUGCUGUCCCGAGAGCCCCCUCGAGCGCAUAGAGUGGAUAGACGAUUCUUCCGCCAACCUCCUCUUCGCCUCAGAACCUGAGGCGUCGCAGGCUCUCAUUGCCCUAGCCGCUGAAGCCAUCUACGACGUUUCCCAGCUCUCGGCGCGCAGUCUCCUCGCGGCCAAAGCAUACUCCAACAAGCCCGAGAUCGCGCUCCAGGUGCGACGCGCUCUUGCUUCCGACAGGAAGGAAGUAGGUGCGGCAUCGAGAAGUCGGUUCUACCUCCUCAACCCCGAGUAUGACCACGAAGAACGGCGGCGGCGGAAUGAGGGCAGAAGAUACCGGGACCGGGAUGGCGACGAUUAUUCUCGCCGCCGCGCCAGACACAUGCGUGGAGAGGAGGGCAACGAUGACUUUGACGUCAGCCUCUACGAUGACGACCAAGGUUCCAAGGCUAGCCAGGCGCCGAGGUCACAGGCCCGACGCAGAAGAUCAUACACGCCCGACUCGGAGCGGGAUGAGCAGCGGAGGAGGUCGUAUCACAACGAAAACCGUGGCAAGGAACUGUUCCCGGGCGAUGCGGGCGGGAAUGGCGGGUUUUCCCGGGAUCGCUCUGCUUCACCCGCGCGUGCUCGGUAUGGAGACGGCGACAUCACUGAAGGGUUGUCGAGAGAAGGAUCGGCAGCACGUGAUCGGAACCGUGACAAGGCACGGGCCAUCAAGAGCCACAUGUCUCGCAGAACCAGGACUCGAGAGUUGUUCCCGGACGAGGCAGGCUCGGGAAGCGGGCGUCUCGGGGACAGCGUGGAAGAUGCGGCCACCCUCUUGGCCAAGGGCAUCAUGCUGCCGUUGAUGGAUGGGAGCAGCGAUACGCCGCCGACACAAGGUCGGAAGCUCCAGCAUCGCAUCACGGCUCCGGGGCAAGGCAGACUGGCCGACAGAAUCUCAAGCCCGGGUCGCAAGGCGGACAAGACUUUCAGUAUUCGUGGUGCAGCAAGUCAGCGACGGCCAGACCAGGGUUUUGCCAUCAAGGGAGUAGCGGGCAAGUCGGUGAAGGAGCUGUUUCCCGACAAGUUCGGCAGCAGUUCUGGGAAGGAGCACUUUGCCGAGGGGCUCGAGGGCAGGUCGAGACGGCGACAGAGGGCAGGUGAUCUGUUUGACUGA